AUGAUCUGCAAGGAGGGUGCCAUCGAUGUAAUCAGCAUCGGCGGCAAUGUGGUCCACACAACCAAUACCUUCGGCGUGGGAGCAGGAGGAAACCAUCACAAUUCAAACGGUGGCAAUAAUUCGAUGAAUGGCCACCACACGCUGCAGCACCGACGAAAGUCACAGCUAAUCACAUUCAGCGCAUCAUCCUGUGAUAUUAAAAAUAGCCUCAGUCAUGAGGUUAUUCUGGUCAAUAACAAUGGCAACAGCAAUAGCAAUAGUAAUGCCGGCAAUAGCAGUGGCGGUAAUAGUGUUGUCAGCGGACCACGCGGCAGCAUAGUGGGCAGCAUUAGUAACGGUAGCGCCGUUAUCAUUGGCAAUGGCAGCGCCGGUAGUGGCAGUGCCGGUGGCGGCAAUGUACGCCUCAGUUUCGCCGAGGAAGAUAUAAUGAUUGUGGCCAAUGGCACUGCUGGUGGUGGUGGUGGUGGUUCUAUUUCAGUUUCCGGCUCUGGUAGCGGUGGCUCCGGUUCAGGUAAUGACGGCGACAUCGAUGAUGAUGUAUUUCGGCGGCGCUCGAUCGAUGUCGAUGAGGAUGAGGAGGAGGCCGAGGACGAUGGCCUCUUCGACGAUGUUUAUGGUACACAUAUUGAUGUGGCGCAUAAUGCCAAUGAUGAUAGUGGCGGUGGUAGCUAUGAGGAUUCGCAUGCAAUGCAUAGCUCGCUGGCGGGUAGUAAUCGCAAUAGUUUGGAAAAGGACGACGAUGACAUUGAGGCGGAUGUGAUCAGCACAGAUGUUAGCUGUUAUGAUCAGUUAUUGGGCAGCAGUUGCAAUACGCGCAAUGACGAAGACGAAAUAGCGACUCUGGUUGGUGAAGGCGAUAACUAUACGAAACUAUGUAAAACAGUUGUUAAGGGCAAGGCCGCUUUAAAUGGUGUUGGCAAUGGUGGUAUUGGUGAGAACGGUGGCAUCAUAUACGCCAAUCCGUUUAUGGAUGAUGAAGGCAUCGCGGAGUCGGGAAUGUAAAAAGCACUAACUACAGUCAAAUUAAAUACUAUGUAUGUAUAUUUAAAGCUGAACAAAUGCAAAUAAGUAGGCGAUCAGACGUUUGCGAACUAAAUUGAUCAAUAAGCGAAUGCACUAAGAAAAAAAGUUUUAACUAACGGACCACACGAACCGUUGUUUGCAGCAGAGCAGAUGCAUGCGACUCCGCUAAACUCAAAGUGUAUGAAAAUUAUUAAAUAAAAACAGUAAAAUACAAGGAUUAAAAAUACAUAAACAUAGCAAAUAAAAGAAGAACAACAAAAAAGUACUGCUUACUAUGGGAAAUAUGCAAAUAGUGGAUAGCAGCAUGUCGAGAGCGGCGUUAAGGCAGCAAACGAAAAGAAUCUCGCCAACAAACGAACAAAUAUUUAAAAACAAAAGAAAAUAUUUAUACUUAGAAACACUUAAUAAAACGAAAAUAAGAAUUAGUGAAUGUGCAAAUUAAGCCAAUGUAAACUUUUUUACAUCAAAUGAUGAUAAUACAAAAACAAUGCUAUACCUACAUUUUAUAAAUAAUUAAGUCUGUAAUUAACUAACUAAACUACGUUUAAGUAAUUGUGGAUCAAUAGCAAUAGCAGCAGCAGCAACACACAGUUUUUUUUUUUGUUUUUUGCAGCAAGUAUUACGUUUUUACGCAUUAUAUAGAAUGCCUGCACCACCCACUACAUAUAGGAAUCUAUUUUUUGCAAUCCAAAGUAUUUCGUUCUCUUUAACUGAAUUCAUAAAAUAGUGAACGGUGAUAAUUGCGUAUUUGUUUUUUUGUAAUUUUAUUAUUUAUCCAUGACUGUACUCCCGCAGUGCUGAGUUAAUGUUAAGAAAGCCAAUUUACACAUACAUAUACAUAUGUACAUAUAUGGCUAAUACAUAAAUAUCCAUACAUAUACAGUACAUAGACUAUCACAUACAUACAUACAAAUGUCUAUGUAGCAAAUCUUAUCACGUCUGUACGUAUUGUAUGAAAGUGUUGUAAUAUUUUAUAAUAUACAUAUAAACAAAUAUAAUAUUGUUUUUGUAAUGUGCAAUUGAAAGUUUGUAAUUGUAUUUGUAAAGAAUGAAUCAAGCAAAGAAGGAGGAGAAGGAGAACGUUUAUAUAAAUUUAAAAAGCCAGGAACAAGUUACUUUUAUUAUUUUAUGUUGCUACUAACUGUAAAAUUAUGUAACUAUUUUUUUAUCAAGCAAAUGUUUAAUAUUUUUAAAUAAUGUGUAGAGUGUAAAAUAGUUGAAAGAUUAUUUUUUUAAGCCUAAACAAUUCGAAAUAAAAUAGAAACAUU